ACCGCUUCUGCGGCGCCGUUUCAUACGAAGACUCUUUUAUGCUUUGUCGCCUCCUCUCUCUCUCUUCCAGGUUACAUACAUGUGUUAUACUGGAAGAUUUGAAGUCUUCAACGAGAGUUUUCCUGCUGGAAUCUUACCAAACGAUAAACUGCUGCCAAAGUAUAAUCUUCAUGAGUACAUGAAUGUUGUGCAAGCUCUGAGAAAGGGUGAUCUCAGGCUUCGUCAACAUAGCUCUUCAAGAACAAGAAGAUCGAUCACUGAACAACUUGAUAUCAAUCAGGUUCUUGAGGUCCGGUGUCUUGGAAAAGCUGGAACUCCAAGUCUACCAGAGACUCAUGAAGAAAAUCUGAGUGAUCCAGCGAGAGGUCACCAACUGAAGCUUGAAGUGAUUGCCAAAGCACUUGGAUGGCUAGAGAUAGAUAUGGAUCUCGACGUUAUGCCAGUCCGUAUUAAUCAUGGAAUAGAGAAGACAGUGAUGAAUCACUCUCCAGUUCCUGCUCCAUAUCACCGUGUAGAGACAGUCACGAAAGGCUAAUCAAGAAAUAAAAAGCUUAUCGCGGAACAGUUUGGGGAACCUCACUAUAUACGAACCAUUCAACCAGUGUCAAGAAAAUUUAUAUUAA